GAUUGUAGGUUGGACAAAGGUUGUAGGAGCCGUGAGUGGAGAAAUUUAGUUCUGAAAUUUGGUCAAGUCUGUCACUCCCAUGAGAUGACACUUCCUCUUCACUUAAAUCACCGGAAGGAAGCGUUUCUGGAGUGCGAGCUGAGUCUGUGUGUGCGUCACGGUGUCCGAGCCCAGCGCGUGCGUGUCACGACAGGUGGUGCCACAGACAGAGGACUGGAGGUGACGUAGUCAUGCCAUGAGGACCACCAAUCACAGACACUUCCUAGACCAUCGUUAGGGUGUGGGAAAACAUCGUGAUUCACUGAAGCAAAUCGUCUGUGAAAAGAAAGAUCAUUUCAAUAGUCACACAACAUCUCAACGUCUCUCAGUCCGUCUGCUACAUUUUGUGAAGAACAGUGAGGAUCUGCGCAGCCAUGUCAGGGUUAGAAGACAGUUCAGUAAACGAAAGUCUGACAAUGGAAGGUACAGAUGGCUAUGACGACGGCUACUCUGGCGAUUACUAUAACGUCUAUACUACAGAGAGCUACUACGUAGACAGAGUGGGCAUCAUACCCGUGGCAUUGCUGGGUAUCGUGGGUAACCUGGUGUCCCUCGCCGUGUGGAACUCACAGACCACGUACAACGCCACCAUCUUCCUGUUCAAGUACCUGGCCGUUUGGGACACCGCAUUCCUCGUGUCGGUCAUACCUGUGAUAUUUCUGUAUGAAGUUGAUCCAUGGAGCAGACCCGCCAUAGUCCUCAACACUUUGUCAUUUCUUGCCAAGCUGGAGUCAGUGCACACCACCUGCUCAUUACCUUCACCCGAUGGCUGGCGGUGUACCGACCUGUCCACGUGCACACCGGAAGUCUGUUAAAACUACGUCACAUGGUGGUGGCCUCUCUGGUCGUCUUGGUCUGGUGCCUGGCGAUCAGCGCCGUCUUCAUGAACUUUAACCUGCUUUCAGAACCCACUCACCAAUGGGUAUACGGGUGGAUCGCCGUCCACAUCGUGGGUCUGGCUGUUCCUGUCCUUCCACUUAUCGUCUUCAACGUCCUCCUGCUGAUCAAGAUUCGAACUCCCUUUUCUCCGACAUCAACAAAGUCAGAGCAGCAUCAGUCGAGCACGUGGGGCAGCACCCAGCGCCUGACGGUGGCCAUCUUGUCCAUGAGCGCCUUCAGUGUCGUGGCCUACACCAUCGGCGAGACGACGACAGUCGUUCACUGGCUUGGACACUGGAGCGACGGCGGCGACCUCUUCCUCACUCUUCAGUCUUCCUUCGAGCUGCUGCAGGUGGUCAACUCCAGCAUCAACGUCGUCUUCUACUUUGCCUUUUCUCGCAAUUUCCGCAGUUCCUCCACCAAGUGCUUCAGCCGCUGGGUCCUGAGAGGCCGGGCAGUCAGCGCUGGACACCGAGGUCCUCACAGCGAAGACAAAGGCGACUCCUCCAGCAGCCGCACAGCGACUGAGACUGUGGCUCUGUGAACAUGUUAGUGAGUGAGACUGUGGCUCUGUGAACAUGUUAGUGAUUGAGACUGUGGCUCUGUGAACUGAUGCUACAGCGACUGUCAGUUGUAACAAAACUGUUGCGCAACAGCAACUUUGUGAACACCAGGGCUCUGUAACAACACCUUUCUGUCCAGGAUUGUAUUGCUAGUCAUGUCGGCCCCACGUUCGCUGCCUUGUGUGGCGAUUGUAACAUCUGAUGUUCACUGAAUACUCUCUCGUCUACUGUAGGUUGUUCUCAGUUGCUUUGUUUACAUGCAAUCGAAGUGUAGGUUAUUUUGCUACUACUUUAUUUUAAGUAAUAAAUGUUGUUGAAUUUUCU